AUGACUACGCACAAGGCCAUCCUCAUUAGCGAGGCCAAGAAGGAUGGCUUGGUUCCUGACCGGCUCAUCUCCACACUUCGGGAUGACUAUAUCCUCGUCAAGACCGUCAGUGUCGGUUUGAACCCUACUGACAGGAAGCACGUCGCGUAUCUCUCUCCUCCUGGUGUGCUGGUGGAAUGCGACUACCGCCCGCGUCGUGGAAGCCGUCGGCAAGAACGUCAAGAAACCAUUCAAGAAGGGCGACCGAGUUAG